UCUAUGCACACGAACGUGAAGUUGCAUUUACCCAAUAUAAAUUUGUUUACGAAAUUCAAAAUUGGUCCGUCGUAAUUAUUUUAACUUUCAAUUGAAGUAUAAUUACAAAGUAAAAGCCAAAUGUCGUACAAAGGACCCCAAAAAGUGCAGAAGGUGAUGGUGCAGCCCAUCAACCUGAUUUUCCGUUAUCUGCAGAAUCGCUCGCGUGUCCAGGUUUGGCUCUACGAGAAUGUUAACCUACGUAUAGAGGGUCACAUAGUCGGCUUUGAUGAGUACAUGAAUUUAGUUCUUGAUGACGCUGAAGAAUAUAACGUCAAGUCUAAAAUUAGAAAGCCUAUUGGACGCGUCAUGCUUAAAGGCGACAAUAUUACACUUAUUCAGAACACUAAUCCAUCGGCCAAUAAUUAACAAAUAGUUUUGCUCUAAUGGUUUAGUUAAACCUUAACGUUAACUGCUUGACUUUUCAAUGGUGCUUCGUUUGUUUUCGCCGCAGUCCAGCUCUAUUAUGUAAAGCUCAUUUCCAUCGCAGACAAUUUUACCCAUACUUUUGAAAUUUGGGUUGCUUAUUUUUUCAUGUAUCGCCUUACAAGCCAUAUAAUGUUAAUAGAAUUCAAACAUUACAUUCAAAACUUUGCUGUUGAAAAUUGGAAAUACUCUCAUGUUCACCUUUUUUUGUAUGAAGUAUUAAAAAUUUUAUGACUGUA